AUGGCUGGAGCAACGCAAAAACCCAAGCGGACGACAAAAGCGCCUACAGCCAUCAAGCAGGCGUCAACGCUAGCCCUAGGUGGAAAUUCAAUUGACGAUACAUUUAUUGCCAAGGGCGGCGAUGAGUCUGGACUGGCAAUGAGCGACGCCGAUUUGCAAGAUGCAGGGGCUGGUGGGUUCACUUUUGAUUCGCCUGUGGGUGGCGGCGGUUCGUCGCCGGCAUGGUCCAUGAGCUCAGGCAGCAACCACGGUUCCUUCAGUGCGGCGGAUCCGCUGGCGACAUCAAGCACAGGCUGGGGGCCCCAGGAGCCAAUGUUUCCGAGCACAGUGGAUAAUUCAGUGGCGGGCACAACUACCGCCGCAGAUGCAAUGCUUGACGGGUGGCUGCAGCAGUUUGUCAACACGGAGGCCAUGGAUGGCAAUAGCAAGUCGCGCGCGCAGCCCACUGGUGAUGAUGCCAGUGCAGAAUGGCGGAUCGCCACUGCCGCUGUCGCUGGUUCCGGCGGCCAGUGCGGCCACAAACCCGCUGUCGUUUUCACCGGCAGAGCCGAGCAUGGAUAUCCUAGAUCAGUCGACGGUUGCGGCUAUUGCCAAUGCGUCGCCGGACAUGCUGGUGUCAAUGCUGUCGUCGGCAGCAGCCCUAUGUGGCGCCAGCUCCGGCAGCCCGGUGGGCGAAACGUCGGUCCCAGCUAUGAGCACAAUCACAAACAAGCGGCGUGGGCGCAGAGCCUGAUAACGCCAAUGGCGAAUAUUGCCCCACAAAAGACAUUGUCUGUGUCUGAAUCUCCCUCUACUAUUGCCACUCCGCCGCCAGCCAAGAAGCAGCGGCGACCCACUGCGCCGCCAAAGGCAGCCGGUAUUACAGAAGCAGCACAGGCAGUAAGGGGCUCCACACCGGCUACCGCCGUGGCCUCAUCGGGCAGUAAUGCUUCGUCGCCACGUCCUCGCAGCGUUAGCGGCGGCAGUAACGGUAGCAACGGCAGCAACAGCAGCAGCGCUUCGCAGCGCCUCAUUGCACCUCUGGCUCCCCGGCAGCAGCCGCAGGUGCAGUCAGCCAGUGGGCAGCCGCGCUCGGGCUCAAAUACACCGCCUGGGCUGAGCGUGUUGGCAAAGAUGGCACAGAAGCAGGCGCCCAUGCAGGUGGCCGACCCCGACCAUGGGCUGCGUCCGAUUGCACAGGCACACGCCCCUCAGGCACGCAGGCCGUCGAUUGCCCCCAUGGCAGCGGCGCCAGCAAAGCAGGCAGGCGGCAGCGCCGACCCAGCCGCGCAGAAGCGGCAGGAGAGACUGAUCAAGAAACCGUGCGGCGGCACUGCUGAGCCGCAAGCGCAAGCGCGAGUACUUGACCAAGCUCGAGUCCGAGCGGCGAGCAGCAAAAAGAAGAGCGCCGGGCAAGUGGCGGGCCAGCGCAGUGACAGCCAGGCCGCCGCAUCGAAGCCCUCGGAUGCCAUGCAGGUCGACGAGGAGUUUGUCGGCGGCUCGCUGCUGAGCUCCAUUGCGCCUGUGCUGCCGGCUUCACUGAAACCUGGAGCUCCUUCGGCCCAGAACUCACUGCGCCAGGCGGCGGCAGCCAAGGCGGCGGCCAAUGCUGUGCCGCGGACCAUCCGGCCGCGCGUGUCCCUGCCGGUCAACGCACCCAAGACCCAACAGCAGCAGCAGCAGCAGCAGCAGCAGCAAGCUGGCAGUACUGAGCUGUCGGUGCAGCCGGCAGUGGCCAAGCCGCGUGCAAUGGGAGCGGUUCUGAUGGCAAUGCUGUUUUCGUUCUCGCUCUUCACCCUGCCGUCGCUCUACACGUCCGACAACUCGCUGACGGCAGGAGGCUCGCAGAGUGCGGGCAUUUUGCCAGCGACCGAGUCCCGGCUGCUUAUCUCUGGGGCGAAGCAGCGCAACGAGAGCGAGGCGUCGGGUGAGCCGCCGCUGAUUGAGCGUGUGAGGCGGUCGAUUUCGGCCAUGACGCAGCAGGUGGAUGGCGGCAGCCCCUCGGCUAACAACAGCUCUGCGAGCGAGCCGGCUGGCAGUCCGGCGUCGUCCUUGUCGGUUGUGUCGCAGCAGCGCCCGGCCGAGUCUGGGAAGCCGCUUGACUACGCGAUGAUGUUCUGCCAGAAUGUCCAGCACGUGUUGUUUGCAGGCGACGCGGAUCCAUCGGCUAUGCGCGGAUUCGAGUCGCAGCAGCAGUACCGGCCUGCGUCGGCACGGGUCCUGCGCGCGACAUACCCAGCAGCUACUCAGGAGGUCUCUGAGCAGGGCAUUGUGCAGCACUAUGGCGACCGCUCGCUGGAAGAGGACAGCAAUGUGGUGGGACUGGCGGGAUCUGGCAAGGAGCUGGUUCCCACUUUGGCUGCGGCGGGAGCGCAGAAGCGUCCGCGCAUGUCGUUCUACUCGCCUGUGGUUGCUGGCGACGCGGUGGAGGACGACCACCACUCGGCGAUCCUGCCGCCCUGGGAGGAGUACGCGAAGAUGGCUGCCCCUAUGGAUGGCGCCAAGCAAAAGUAUCUGCGUAUUGAUGUCGAGGUCGUGGGCAGCCGCUGGGUCACUGCGGACAAGUUUGCCAACGGUCUGUUUUGA